AUGCCUGAACCCAUUGGUAUUUCAAACUUGCCCAACCAGAGGUACAAAAUUGUGUCUCGCGAAGGCGCCACCUUCACCCUGAUGGUUGCCGGAGAGUCUGGGCUUGGUAAGAGCACCUUUAUCAACACUUUGUUUGAAUCAGAUCUGAUUUACCCCGAGUCAAACGCGACUAGACACAAGGCACCAUUGCAGAAGACCGUAGGAAUCGACAUUACCCGCGCCGAACUCAGAGAGAAAAACUUCACCAUUCGUCUCAAUGUGAUUGACACCCCUGGGUUUGGUGACAAUGUCUCCAACAACAACAGCUGGCAACCAAUCAUUGAGUUCCUGGACGAACAGCACAACCUCUAUCUGAGACAGGAACAGCAACCUACCAGGGCCAGCAAGAAGGAUUUGAGAGCCCAUGCUUGUUUAUACUUCAUCAGACCCACUGGCCACACUCUCAAGCCUUUGGACGUUGAGGUGAUGAAGAAAUUGGGUACCAGAGUGAACCUGAUUCCAGUCAUCGCCAAGGCUGACACGUUGUCUCCCAACGAGAUGCUGGAGUUCAAAAGUCGCAUAAGAUCCAUUAUUGAGGCCCAGGAUAUAAGAAUCUACUCUCCUCCUUUGGAGCUGGAGGAUCAGGCGGCUGCAGAGCAUGCCAAACAGCUUAUUGAGAGCAUGCCUUUUGCGGUUAUUGGAUCUGAGGACUCCAUUGAGGUCAGUCCUGGCAACAUUGUUCGUGGAAGACAAUAUCCAUGGGGUAUUGUCGAGGUUGAGAACGACCAGCACUGUGACUUCCGCAAACUGAGAAGUCUGCUGCUCAGGACGAACAUGCUGGAUUUGAUCCUUUCCACAGAAGAACUGCACUACGAGAGCUACAGGGCUUUGAAGUUGCAGUCUGACGAAAACGGAAAGGCCGAGACCUCUGAUCUCAAGAGAACUGCCAACCCCAAGUUCUUGGAGGAAGAAAACGCCUUGAAACUUUACUUCACGGGCCAGGUGAAAGCCGAGGAGCAGAGAUUCAGACAAUGGGAGCAGAACAUUGUCACCGAGAAGAACAGACUCAACCAUGACCUGGAGGGCUUGCAGAGCGAGAUCAGAAAGCUUGAGGAGAACAUCAGAGUCCUGUCUAUCAAGAAGGGUGUCAAAUAG